UUCAGCUCAGCUCACCUUAAUUCGAAGGACAGGCAGAGGGACCAGGUAGAUCGAGCGAGCGAUCGAUGGCGGCGGGCUACAAAGCGGCGGGCAAGGCGGUCGCCGUCGUCCUUGCCAUGGCCGCGCUCCUCGCCGCCGCGGCGAGGGCGGCGGACGACGACGACGACCAUCCGUGGAAGUGCUUCCGGUCGUGCACGAAGGCUUGCCACCACCACGACGCCGCUGCCGCCAACAAGGAAUGCAACGUCUCCGCGGUCGUCUCCACCGUCUCCGGCGAGUGCAAGGGCGGGUGCCACGACGACGACUGCUUCGAGGACGUGCCGACCAUGGGCUACCCGCAGUGCGUCUACACCGCCUGCCUCUCCUACCCGCGGCAUAGAAGAGAGAAAAGGGCGUGCUUGAAGAAGUGCUGCGAGAAGUGCUUCCGCCACAGCCCGCCUGCGCCUGGUCCCUCUCCCAUCCCGGAGCCGCCAUCUCCGACUCCGCCUAGUCCCACCCCGGAGCCGCCAUCUCCCACUCCGCCUGCGCCUGGUCCCACCCCGGAGCCGCCAUCUCCGCCAAAUUAAGCCGAUAGCCGAAGCCAUCUUGGAUCAUGCAUGGGUGUGGCUUCCGGUCUAUAGGCUCCAGGGUAGCAACUAGCAAAGGCUUGCCAUAUUUGGUGCAACGACGAAAGUUUAUCAUAUAUUCAUAUCUAUUGCCCGGUUUCCCU